AUGUCUUCGCGAAGAAAAAGUGCAAAAAUAGAUACCCCGCAUCGUCGCAAGAUCGCAUUAGCAUGUGAAUCAUGCAGAGACAAGAAGGUCCGGUGCAACGGGGAGAAGCCGAUCUGCGGGCCUUGUGCUCGACGGGGGUAUCCGAUAGACCGGUGCGUCUACAAGAUUGACAAUGCCCGUUCUGCCAGCAACGACGUAUACCUCAAAGUCUUGCAUAACAGGAUUCGGGAGCUGGAGGAUAUUUGCGCCCGGAAUGGCGUUGCUAUUCCGCCUCGAAAUACAGAUGAGAGGGAUUCAGAUAGGGCGGAGGAGCGUCAAAUGCGUAUAGAUACCAUGGACCAUGAGUCUCGUACGUCUGUCGCUGUGGAAGGCCUUCUUGGUCUAGGCUCUCAUGCGGCUUUGCUGGGCCAACUGCACCCUCCGAUGACGCGUGGCGGAUCACGAGCGACUCCACCGAAUCAUCGACCGUCUAUACAAUCAAGUCAUUCGAAUCUGGGGCACGCAGAGUCGGAAUCGCCUCACAGGAAUAUCAUUCCAUAUGAGGCGGCUCAGCCUCCUUCUGCCAAUACUUAUGCCUCGCCCUCAAUAAACUCGCACGGAAAUGUCACGGCCAUGGGCGCCAUAUCUGUUGGGGAAGAUGGGGAAAGCAAUGAAUCGCCUCGAGAGCAAUACUACGGCAACUCGUCUGUUGCCUCCUUCAUGCGCCUCGCAAAGGAUUCCAUGCCAAUACGAUCCUACCUGCAGACGCUGAAACGCAUGGAAGGCGAUACCCCGAGUGGUUCGUAUCGCGAUAUGGGGCUAUGGCGAGAUUGUCUCACGCCCACUCUGGGUCUUCAAUUUGAUGAUUUCUCUUUGCCCCCUCGCUCGCUGGCAGAUCAUCUUCUUGAGUGUUACUGGGACCGAGUACACUGUCUAUACCCGUUUUUCCAUCGCCCGAGCUUCGAGCAGGCAUAUGAAAAUUUGUGGGGGUCCAGCAAAUGGCCUAAGCCACAGCUACCGGAACUGAACAUAGGUCUGGGAGGUUCUUUUGAUUCUGGACACCAGUCGAUUGUCUUCCACUGUGCGCUGAACGCCAUUUUUGGCUUAAGCUGUCAUUUCUCAGACAUCCCGGCUGCUGAGCGCGAGGCGGCUGCUUACUCGUUUUUCCUUCGCUCGAAGCGGUUUGUUGGUCUCGACCUCCUAGAUAUAGGCACGAUUGGUGUGGUUCAGACGCUUCUCAUAAUUUCUCUACUGCUUCAGAGUACGCCCUAUCCCAAUCGAUGCUGGAAUGCAAUUGGACUUGCAUGUCGUGUAGCCCAGGGACUGGGUCUGCACGAAACAGCCUCGCAGCAAUCUAUCAAACCUCUGGAGCAGGAAGUCAGACAUAGGACUUGGCACGGCUGUGUCAUCAUGGAUAUGAUAGUGAGUAUGACAUACGGUCGUCCAAGCAUGACUUCCCACAUCUCCCCUGCUCCGCCUCCAGUCAUGAAGCCAAACCUGGCAUCCGAGGACCCCUGUGCCUUAAGUGGGCAGCCCUGUGAUCACAAAUCAGGUUAUAUGACAUUUUACGUCUGCACUAUCGAGCUCUACAAAAUCCUCGAGUCGAUCCUUUCGGAUAUCUACAAUGCGUGGCAAAGUCGGUCAAGCCACCACCGCCCCAUGUCGCACCGGGGAAUGAAUCACAGCAGCUUAGAUGUUAUCAUGGAGCUUGACGACAAGCUUUGCACGUACGAAGCCAAUAUUCCUCCUGUCCUCAACUGGACGAACAUGAAUCCGCCUCUCAGUCCACAAAGCACCCAAGACUCGAUAUUUAAACGUCAGCGAAAUGUCCUACGCGCAAGGUUCAUUCAUCUCCGCCUCCUCCUGUAUCGCCCCAUGUUCACUCAACUCUGCUCCGACGAACGCAUGGGCUUUACACGACAAACGGGUCUCGACUCCGACAGAAAUACAAUCGGAUUGGAGAAGAACGUCAUUUACAACUCCAUGUCCGUGAGUUGCGCAGCAGCCUGCGUCAGAGCAGCUAUGGAGCUUGUCUCGCAUGUAUACGCGACAUAUCGGACAUCACUGACAGACGCGUGGUGGUACAAUGGCUUCUAUACAUCAACGGCAGGAUUCGUCCUCAUCAUGUCAUAUUCAUGCCGCUCGAUCCUCGACCAGAUCGACGUACACGCUGUGGACGAUACGUGGCGCAAAUGCGAAGAAGUCCUCACGUACAUGUCCUCAUUCAGUUUAUCUGCUCGCAACUCACUGCAAUUCUUGCAAGUCACGCACCAGCACAUCGUGCAGAACUAUACUGGCGGCUCACGCAACGACGAUAACACCCUUGCACCAAGUCAGCUACAAAGAUCCAGCAGGAACACCGAUCGGUCAGAUAUGACUUCCGAGCCCCCCGAGGGAAUUGCGGAAGAGCCUGGGUCUCGGGAUUCAGAGUCGAAUGGUCCGGCUGUGAAUCCGUUUAUGAGCUGGGAUGAGAUGGGUCUUGGACAGGAAGAGCUGGGCUUCCUGGGGAGAUUCGAUCUGCCGGAUCUUGCGAGUUGGUUCUCUGAUGUUCCAGAUGUAUUAUCAUGA